AUGACGAUUUCACAUUUCUGCUUGUUCCAAGCCUACAGAUCAUUUCCUUCAUGUGUAAGCACUGCUCUCGCGUCCCAAACUCACUGGAUUUUCAAAGAUGAGCAGCCCCAGCAGUACCUGAGCAGCGACAGCCACCCAACGCACUCCCCGGGAUGGAUGACAGUAGCACAGCCGCAACUUUCUCAGCUCACGGCCUUAACCCCUCCAAAAUCCUCCCGGCGCUGCCGCCCGCCACUCCGCGAGGGGCUGUACCGGCACAACACCUUCCCGAGCCCCGCGUCCUCGGAGCCCCGUACCGCAGGCCCCCGCCGGGAGCAGCCCGCCCGCCGCGCAGCCUUUCCGCCGCCGCGCAGCCCGCGAGCGCUGCCCGCCGCCUCCCACGGCUUCACGGCAGCCCGGUACCGGGGACGCGCCCCCGCGGCCGGACGGGCUCCGGCACCCACGGACGACGCGAGUCCCGAGGCAGGCGAUGCGAAGACCGCCGCGGAGCCUCCUCCUCCCGCGGCCCCACCACCACUGCCGCACUCCGCCUCACCUCAGCGGCGCCGAGCGGCCGUGCCGCAGCACCCAGCACCGGGGCGGCAGCGCCUCCUGUCCGCCCUGCCUCCCUUCGGCGGCGGCGGCCCCCGCAGCCACCCCAUCCCCGGCAGGAAGCGGCGCGCCAGGGCGGCGGAAGGGGCGGGGCGGCGCGGCGGGCUGCGCGUUCGUGUUCUGCGGUGUGAUGCUGCCGGGUGGCGGUUCUGA